GAAACAUAUUAUAGUGUGGUUAAUGACGUCAUGACGCCUCUUGUCUCUAAUGGCUGAACAACAACAACCGUCGGUGGCAGAGAAACUUUCCCAAACUUCAACAGAGACUAAAGAAAGUUAUAAGUAAUAAACCGCUUAGUUUAUAUAGCAGUUUAGGCGUAUUUAUUUUCUUCUUCUUCUCUUAGUCACAAAUGUGGAACUAGUAAUGGAUCCGAGGUAUGAUAUACCGCGGAGGGCCGCCGGUGGCGGCGGAGGCUCUGCGAACUCUUCCCCUGCUAUGGGGGCUCAGUCGCGCCGCAGGAAGAUACCUCCAAGACCCGCUGAUUUUAAACUUCAAAUUAUCAUUAUUGGUUCCCGUGGUGUCGGUAAAACUAGCCUCAUGGAAAGGUUUACCGAUGACACUUUCUGUGAAGCCUGCAAGUCGACCGUAGGAGUUGACUUCAAAAUCAAGACAGUUGAGCUGAGAGGGAAGAAGAUCAGACUACAGAUAUGGGACACUGCUGGCCAGGAGAGGUUCAACAGCAUCACGUCUGCCUACUACAGAGGAGCCAAGGGAAUAGUACUAGUGUACGAUAUCACCAAACAGGAGACCUUUGACGACCUUCCUAAAUGGAUGAAAAUGAUAGACAAGUACGCCUCAGAGGAAGCAGAGCUCCUCCUGGUUGGGAACAAGCUGGACUGUGAGAGUGACCGCAUCAUCUCCAGACAGCAAGGAGAGAGGUUUGCCUCUCGAAUAAGUGGUAUGCGCUUUUGUGAAUCUAGUGCCAAGGAUAACUUCAACGUAGAUGAGAUCUUCCUGAAGCUUGUGGAUGACAUCCUCAGCAAGAUGCCACUGGAGGUUCCCAACAAGGAGCUUUCCAACAGCGUCCUGUCUCUGCAGCCUGAACCGGAAGUGCCUCCGGAGUUGCCCCCUCCUCGCAUGCGCUGUUGCUGAGAGUCGGAGUGCCCCCCCCCACACCAGCACCACGACAACCAUCCUGCACACACUCAUACACAGCACACACAUGCAGAGUCCCAAUGUGGCCACCAGGGGGCGGCACACAGCAGUAGUUUGGAGCAGUUUGGUGCUGUUAGUUGCAUGGACUCUGAAAUCAUACAGUAUUAUCUUCCCCAGUUUGUUGUCCUGUUUUGUAACUGUGCUCUAUGACAUAUACAACACUAACACUUAGACCUGGUGAGUCACCCACCGCUUACUUCUGUCCACACUUGACCCAGACUACCUCAUUCUUCAGACCGUUAGGCUAGCUGUGCCCCGCAGGUGCCUUCGAGGUAGAGAGCUCUCAGAUGGGUGUUGCACAUUUUCAAGGAAGAGGGAAUUUCUGAGGGCGGUACAGCUCCGUAUCCUCCUGUAGUCACACAUACUGUAAACUAAAUCUGUCUUCUUAGCCUUUCUAGCUCACAGCUAAAGGGUAACAACAUCUCACAUCUCUAGCUUAGUUGAAAUUCUGGGUCUAGGUACAGUAGUUUUAUACUCUUCAUAAGUAUUAUUAGUAAGUGAAAGGUUGACUUGAUGUAAACAAAAGCACAUAAUUCAUCUUUUUCCUGAGAUGAUGUAACUUUGGCCGUACGUGAAAGAGGCGUCUUGCUGUAAUGACUGGACGUGGUGCAGUUGGAGGUUGUGGGUUGGUAUCAUAUCAGUGUGUUUUCCUUUGCCUUAAAGUAUUAAAUGGCUGGAAUGGCUCAUUUCCCAUUUGUAUAAACUGUAAUGUUUUGCACUACAAUCCAUCUUAACUAGCUGACAGGCCGAACUGUAGAGGGAGGCAGCAGAAGAAAGUACAUGACUUGUAGCUAAGCACUAACAAAAGAUCAGUGUUGCCUUAUUUUUGCACCUGCUCUGAUAUCUUUGACACCCAGAUGCAGGGAGAGAUAGUAGUGUAGUCUUUUAGGGGGUCACGAGGGCAUUGUCCAUGUGUGAUAAUGGCUUCUCAGAGGGACUGGACACUUAGAAGCUGAUAAGCACAUGUGGUUUUAGCCUUUGUUUUGCUUUUGUUACUAAUACUGCCAAGUGUUGUUUUUAUUCUCAUAUUUUUUUCCCUCUGGAUUCUGAUUAGCAAUGAGUCUCCCCAGAAAGGAAGGUUUGUUUAGUAUUCGAACGUCUCAGGAAGUUUCGCUCGACUCAUACAUGCUCAUUUUGUCAGGCUUUUAUUGCAGAGUUGAUUUGCCUUGAGUUUUUUUUUUUAAAUGCUAAACGUUUCCAUAAAAGUUCUGCUUAUAAAGGACAUUCUGUGUAUAGGAGGUUGGGUGGUUUGAAUUGCUAGGUUUUUCUCAGUUUAUGGACCAGUUUGGGGAUAUUCCAUUGCCUGCACAUUUUCAUAAAUACUUAGCUACGCAUGUGAAGCCCUCCUAUGUUCAUAGAAUUAAUAAAAAUAAUGCGUCUCUCUGUGUUGUGGAGUUAAUGCAAUAUUAGUGAUGUAGCACUGUGGACUCAGAAGUGGACCCCCCCCCCCCCAAAUCUGAGGGUGAAGAAGGAUGAGACUGUUUAAAGCACCUGAUUAAAAAUGACACAAACUGACAUGCUAUUAGUUUAUUUUGUAUUUUUAUUAAAGUUUUACCUAAAAGUCAAGCUUUGGUGGAUCCAAAAAGGAACAGGAUGUAUUUAAAUAGUUUCACAGCAAGUCAUGAUGAUACAAAAGUGUGAGACCUCUGUCAAUAAACAGUAACUGACAUAACAGAAGACCUUCACUGACAUCUUAUCUUGUGUUUGAAGCAGUGAGCUGCAUUAAUACAAGGUAACUUCUACCUUUUUUUUUUAAUGCUGUGUUGAAUUUGGCAUGAAAUGCUUCAUUCGUCCCCCUCCCCCUUGACUUUUCACAUUUGGCACUAACUUGGUCAUCUAAUAAACAAGCCUUAUACUUCUCAAUAUUUUACAUAUACAUUUUAAAAUGCUUUUAUCUGAACUGUGUAUCCUUUAAGAUGGAAGACUGUACUUUGUAUUAAACCUGUUAGAAGUCUCAAAGGUUUUGGCAUGUUUAAAGCAGAUUUGUGGUAUUUAUAACUCGUGGCAUUCUUUGACUAAUGAAAUGCAAUUAAAGAUAUCUAUAUUUAUUACCAAA